ACAAAGCCCCUGCAAAAUCCUUGGGUUAUGAAAUAUUUCCUCUCUGUCGGGUCCCAGACAAGAGAUGGCAUCUGCAGAGCCAGAAAAGGAAGUCCUUGCCUUAUAGAGAGAGCUCUUGGUGUGACACAAUGGCUGAUAUAAAGUGUCGGGGGAGCUGAGUAGAAGGCAAAGGAACAAAGGAAGAUCGAGAUUCGGUGGCUGUCUCGGGCAAAAGGAAAGUGGGAAGUGCCUUGGGCAUGGAUAAAUUUAAGGCUGCACUUGUUCUGGCUGGGGUAGGGGAUGCUCUCGGUUAUCGCAAUUUCUCCCGCGAAAACAAUGCCUUAGGAGCAAAAAUCCAGCAGGAGCUGAAGGAAAUCGGAGGGCUCGAGAACCUGGUGCUGUCUCCUGACAAGUGGCCAGUAAGUGACAACACGCUCAUGCACAUGGCUACAGCUGAGGCUGUCAUCACAGAUUACUGGUGUUUGGAGGACCUGUACCGCGAGCUGGUGAAGCGCUACGUGGAUGCUGUGGAGAAGCUCUCGGGCCGGCGGCCGGACCCCGCCACCAUCGAGGGCUGCAGGGAGCUAAAGCCAGACAACCACCUCCUGGCCUGGCACACACCCUUCAAUGAAAAGGGUUCUGGAUUUGGAGCCUCCACAAAAGCCAUGUGUUUAGGGAUGCGAUACUGGAAGCCAGAAAGGCUGGAGUCGCUCAUUGAAGUGAGCAUUGAGUGUGGACGAAUGACUCACAACCAUCCCACAGGUUUCCUAGGGUCCCUUUGCACAGCUCUCUUUGUGUCAUAUGCAAUACAAGGGAAACCCCUUGCUCAGUGGGGCAGAGAAAUGAUGAAGGUUGUGCCCAUGGCUGAAGAAUACUGUAAGAAGACCAUUCGUCACAUGGCAGAAUAUCAAGAGCACUGGUUUUACUUUGAAGCCAAGUGGCAGUUUUAUUUGGAGGAGAGAGAAAUCAAUGAGGAAAAUCAGAAUCAACCUGUCUUUCCAGCCAACUAUGAUGCAGAGGAGAGAGAAAAGACGUACCGGCGCUGGAGCUCUGAAGGCCGGGGGGGACGGCGAGGCCACGACGCCCCCAUGAUCGCCUACGACGCCCUGAUGGGCUGUGGGGGGGACUGGACAGAGCUCUGCAACCGCUCCAUGUUCCACGGAGGGGAGAGCGCGGCCACGGGCUCCAUCGCGGGCUGCCUGUUCGGCCUGGUCUACGGCCUGAGCAAGGUGCCCAAGGGCUUGUACCAGGACCUGGAACAACGGGAGAGGCUCGAGUUCUUGGGCGAGAACCUUUACCGGCUCUCCGUGGAGGAAAAGUAAAGCAGUUUCUGCCAUUUUCUCUUUCUCUAAAGAUUAUAUCAAACCCUGUAGAUAUCUGACUGGCAUUCAUAGUGAAGGAGGUAGCCCUGAGUUAGUCUGAAGAGCUCUAUGUACAUUGCGUGCAAGUGAAGAUAGCUGAGUUAUUAGACUGAUUAGAAUUAUUAGAUUGAUUAGAUAUACAUGAUAUUUGUGGGUUUUUUACAGAUUUAGGGAUUUCUAAAUAUAAGGAGUGCUGCUUAAACCUCAAAUGGCAAAAAAGAAAUAAAACAUCUUUUGACUGAUUUCAGUCUAACUUGCUAUAAUACCACUUCUUAAACAGCUGUUUCCAGUAAUUACACAUAUGAAAUUAAUUUUCAGAACUAAUGCUUUCUUGCAAAACUAAUGGUAGUACCCACUCACGGGGAUAUUCUCUGUAUAUUUGACAAUCCUUUCACCACUGUGUCCCUCCUUGUUCUCAAAUCUAAUGUGUCUGUGACACUUGUAAACCUAAUGUCUCAUGGAUUAGCUUCUAAUGAAUCACUGAUCCCUGUAUCAGCACUGUGGUGUAAGGUAUUGUUACAUUAGAAGCUUCCAAAAAAGGAAAAGCCAACACUAAAAAUACCUCCAAGGAACAAGCAAAGCAUCAGUGUGUCUAAAAUUUCUGAUCAAUGUGUCUAAAAUUUCUGAAUUAUGUUUUUAUUCUUCUUCAGUCUUCAGAACAAAAGUUUCUCUAAAAUAUAACUGGCUGAAAUAUUUGUAAAUAAAUUAAUCUUGCACUA